AAACACAUGUGACAUGUCUUUAUAACAACAAAGCCCACAGAAAAAUAAAGAGGCUUAAAUUGACAAAAACAAAAAGUGAGGUUACACAGUAAGAUACACUUCAAGUAAUAAAGAAUAAAAAAAUUAUAAAUAAAUAGUGAUUUAUUUAUAUAAAAAAUUAUCUAAUUUAUCUCAAAUUGAGUAAAUCAAGGACAAUUUUUAUUUGUUGAUAAAUAACAAAAAAAAAAAAAAAAAAAAAAACAUGGCAAACAGCUCAGAAGAGGUUGGUGUUUUAAAAGAGAAUGGUAAAUUAUUGAAAAUUGAGACGUGGAUACCUUAUGAUAAAUACAGAUCACAAAAUUUUAGAAUUUUUGGUAGUAAUGCUAUAAUUGACAAAAAUAUUUAUUGCAAUUUUGAUUAUUUGGCAUAUUGUGAUAAUAAUGGAAAAAUACAUAUAAUAAUUCGUAAAAGUUUAUUAAAACAAGCAAAAGCAUCUUUUAAAAUAUCUGUUGAAUAUGGAAAAGCACAUGAAUGUGUAAAAGAUGAUUGGGUUGAAGAUAAACUUUUUUUAGGUAUACCAAUAUAUCCAAUUGAAGUACCUACAAAUAACUCUUAUGUCGAAUUACUAAUACAUAUUUCUAUCGAAAUUUUAUGGUAUGGAUUAAAUGAUGAAGUUCCAAUCGUUCCACCAAUGAUUGCUGGAAUGACUGAUUUUUUUUCACAAAUAAAUUUAAGUGAUUUUACCAUCGUUAUUGGUGAAGAAAUAUUUCCAAUACAUAAAGUUGUAUUAGCAGCACAUAGUCCUGUAUUUUUCAAAAUGUUUACAUCUGAUAUGAAAGAAGCACGUUCAAAUAAAGUUGAAUUACAUAACAUUGAUGCAAAAAUUUUCAUGUAUGUUUUAGAAUAUUGUUAUACAAAUAAUCCUAAAGGUACUGAUAACAUUGAAAAUACAUUUAAAAUAAUGAAAGUAGCUGAUCAAUAUGAAAUUAUGUCUUUAAAAUAUAUUUGUCAAAAACAAUUGGCAAGUAAAAUUAAUAUUGAUAAUGUAUUUGAAAUUCUUUUAAUGGUUGAUGAGUGUAAUGCUGAUGAAUUAAAAAAAUUUGCUACUCAAUUUAUGCUACAAAAUAAACGACUUAUCGUGGCAAAGAAUGAUUUUAAUGUUGUAGCUUUAGAGAGACCAGAAUUAUUUAUUGAUUUUUUUGUCAAGACAGUUAAUGAUGAAACAUUGAAAGCAGAAGAAUUUUGUGAAACAAGAAAAGAUUGUAAAUUAUUGACACUUCAUGCAUCGAUAGCUCAUAACAAAUACGAAUCACCAGAAUAUAAAAGUUUUGGUAUCAAUUCUAUAAAUGACAAUAAUAUUUGUUGCAGCUUUGAUUACUUGGCAUUUUUUGAAGAUGGAAAAAAAUUAAACAUAUUAAUACGUAAAAAUGUCACAAAACCUGUUAAAGUAUCUUUCGAAAUAUCAGUUGCAUCUGGAGUAGAAGAAGUAGUCACAGAAAUUACAAAAGAUGAUUGGAUUGAUGAUGUACAUAUUUUAGGUAUACGAAUGGACAAUAUUGAUAAUGAAUAUCACAGAAUACAAUAUCGACGUAAUUUUCAACUAGAACGACAAGUACAUAUUACUGUAAAUAUGUUAUGGUAUGGAUUUAAUCAUGAAAUUCAAACUCAUCCACCAGUAGUUGCUGGAAUGAGUGAUUUUUUUUGUCAAUCAGAUUUAAGUGAUUUUACCAUAAUUAUUGGUAAAGAAAUAUUUCCAGUACACAAAGUUGUAUUGGCAGCACAAAGUAGUGUAUUUUUAAAAAUGUUUACAACUGAUAUGAAUGAGGAAAAUUUAAAUAAAAUCGAAAUAAAUGACAUUGAUGUAAAUAUUUUUAAAUAUAUUUUAAAAUUUUGUUAUACAAAUAAAGCUGAAGGUGUUCAUAAUGUUGAAAAUAAUCUUAAAAUAAUGAAAGGAGCUGAUAAAUACAAAAUUCUUCUUUUAAAAUAUAUUUGUGAAAAAGAAUUAGCAACUAAAAUUAAUAUCGAUAAUGUAUUUGAGAUUCUUUUAAUGGCUGAUGAUUGUAAUGCUGAUCAAUUGAAAAAAACUGCUGUUCAAUUUAUGAUACAAAAUAAAAAACUUAUCGUGAAAAAGGAUAGUUUUAACUCUGUAGUUUUAGAACGACCAGGAUUAUUGCUUGAUUUUUUUGUCAAGUCAAUCAGUGAUGAAACUAAGUAGUACAUAAUAUGAUAUUAAAAUUUAAAUAAAACUUUAAUUUUAUUUUUUUUUAUUAAAAUUUGACAAAUAAAUUAUCUUGAUAAAUUUAUUUUUUAUUGUUAAGCUGCAAUAUUUGAUGAAUAAAAAAAAAAUAAAUGCCAAAUUUAAAUAAAAAACUUUUGAUAUUGAGUAUGUUAACAUAAUGAUAAAAUUAGUUAAUAAAGAAAACAAUUUUUACUAAUAAAA